CUGAAGUCGUUGUUUUUUUUAAUGGUGUGUGCGCAUUUUCUUAUCUUCCUGCACAGCUCUUUUUUUUUGUUCCAGGGGACGGGAUUGUACUAGAAGCUAGAGUUUUCGUUUAGUCGCGGGCGUUUGGAGCCUGUCGUGCUCGGCCCUUGAUAAGUUACAGGUUUUUUUUAUUUGAAAGUUGCUUUCGCAGCACAAUAAGAUCAUGAGGGGCAUGUCCGUUACGACGGAGGGGUUUUUCAACACCACCAAGCCCAAGCCGUCCUACAGCAAGUCGCCGACGAGACAACCACAGCCACAGCGCGACACCGGGGUGAGUCUGCCCCGAUUACCGCCACCAGAAAGCCACGCGAAGGCAAAAGGUACUAGGAGCGAGUUCUUAAUCGCCUGUAGUCUAACUGCCAGUGCGCUGCUCGUCGGCUUGUCGUUGCCGUUCAAGAAUAUAGUAUUCCCUUUUCAAAUCUUCCACGACACAGGUAGCCGCAGCGGCUGGAGAUCGGGUGCGUUUGAAAAACUUCCAAAUGCCGGUGGCGGUUGGCACCCCUUGCCCUAUCCAAAACGGGAGCUCGAGCCGCCACACGAGAAUGGCAACAUGUCCGAGGAAGACCCUAUUGCGGGCGGAAACAGCACGCACCUUUCCAUGCCGCCAGAAAAGCCCAUCCCAGAACCAGCUCGAGAGAAGAAGCGGUACGCGGAGCGAGAGGCCGCGAGCAAAAAUUUUGCCACCACUUUUUCCGGCGGCUUCAACUUGCCGACCCCGACAAACGGAAAUAGCAAGUCAACAAGGACGAGCUUCAGCGGGGAAUCGGGGUUCGAAUCCGUGCAACAGCAGGACGGGGCUGCGAAAAGUUCGUCCUCCACGUCCGUGCCGAGUGAGAUCGAGGAGGAGUUGCGACAAGACAACGAACGGCUUAGAAGGGAGUUGGAGACAUUGCAGGUAGGGUUGCUGCAGAGCUUAAAGCGACAAGACCGGUUUAUCAGCGGCGGGCAAUUCAAGGGACCACCAGCAAAGCAUCAGAAUGGUAAAAAGCGGUUUUUUUUUUGCGCAAACUUUCCUUCGCUGCUCUGUUAGUUUAGGAGGUCCCAGUUGGUCGGCCAUGAAAGAAAAUGAGAAAGAAAAAAAGCAACAAAAAUUCAGAUAAGAACAAGAUGGCCAGCACGCACCAAGGCUCUUUCCUCGGGGACAAAUCGGAAGAGAAAGCGCGGAGCGGAAACAAAGCCUCGGCGUUCCACAUCGCAGAGCUCAAACGGUAAAUGUUCUAUCUGUUUCCGCGGUGGCUUUCGCUUGUCAAUCUAUGUGCUUGCACAACAUAAGGUAAAACGAACGAGCUCUUGCACCUAUUACCAACUCAGGUACAAAGCCCGCGUGCAGGAACUGACCCGCGAGCUCCAGGACGUCAGGAAAGAGCAGCUGGAAUUGAGCGACAUGAAAUCUCUCUACCGCACUCUAGAGGAGGAGAACAGGAUUCUGAAGGAGCAGAUCCGGCUCUUGAAGGACGAGCAGAUAGAGAUCGCGCAACAGCACGAAGCUGAGAUUGCGAGAUUAAAAGAGCAGGUGCGGGAGGAUUUUCAAGAUCUGUCACCAGUCUACGCGGAAAUGGCACAAGUGAUCGCUGCGAGGGACGGGUUAGCGAGUGAAAUCGAAACAUACCGGCGCGAGCUGUACUUGCUGCGGGAGAAUGUGAAGGUGGAAGCGGAGCAGCAUGCGAGCAAGUUGCGACAGCUAGAGGAGAAUCUGGCACAAGCAGUCAAGGAAAAGACGGAGCUGGAGCACAGCCUGGAAAGAUGGAAAAGUAGUUUGAUUUUUUUUGGCGAUAACUUUUUGUUUCUAGCUCUGCUUUUGCAUGUGUCAUCCUCAAGCUUUCACCGCUAAAUCAAUGCGCUUAGUAGAGUCAUCAUGCACAACUGCUCCGUAUUCGUUACACAGGAAAACUCAAUGACGCCACACGUAAGUUUCGGGAGCUGGAGCAAGAAAGCGAGCGCAACGCCGAGGAACGGGAUCGCUUGCACGGGAAAGCCUUGGGCCAAAUGCAGCAAGACCACGAGGUGGCGGUCCGGGCCCUGCAAAGCGAAAUUUCCACCCUGAAAAAUCAGAUUGCCAGUCUGAAAGACCACCUUUCGAAGGCGCAGGCUGCGGAAGACGAGAAAGCUUCUCUGGUAAAGGGAGCAAAGGAGGAGUGGGAAGCGGAGAGGAUAGGUAUCUUUUCGACUUUGAUGAGAGCCAUAGAUGAUGAAGUUCAACAAGGUCAAGGCUGCAAUGUUUUCGUUAGCAGUGGUUUCGAGAAGUACUAGAAGAAAAACCCCAACUGAACUUUUCAGCAAUGGAGCACCGACACAAACUUGAGUUGCAGCACACGGAGGGGUUUUAUGUUGACAAGCUGGAUGGGAAAACGAAGGAAUAUGAAGCCUCUCUGGAGCAGCGGGACGUAGACACUGCGAAGAUGCGCAAGGGCUUGGAGCAGAGGUGUCAGACCUUGGAAACCGAGCACAAAGAGCAGAGCAAGAAGCUCUACGGUACAGAUUUUUUUGUGUGGAACUUUGUACGAUGUGGUCUUGGUGGUCGUGUGCAUGAAAAUGUUCGGGACGAGCCCGUUCUUUUUGUGUUUUGCUUCUUUCGGUGAAAAUAAAACGUCGCUGCACAACGAACACGCAGAAAUGGCGUUGAUGCACUUCCUUGCGUCCGCCCAGCAGAAGAACAAGGGCCCGGAGCAGAAGGUCGUUUUUUCCCUCUGGAAGGCCGUUGCGAGGGAUCAAGCGGGGACAAGGAGGGAAUCGGAGCUGGCCAAGGAUCGGGAUGAGCAGAUCAACGCGUUGAGAAAGCAAGCUGAGCGGGAACAAAACCAACUCAGGGUCGCCGUGGAGGAGGACAAGAAGAACCGCGAAACGCUGGAUAGACUCAAGGAGGAAGAGGUAGGAAUAACUUUACAAAUACCUUUGCAAUACAUACUUGUGCUUCUCCUUUCUUAUGUUGAAAAAAUGCCAGGUAGUGGUAGUGCACUAACCUAAGCACAGAAACCGAAAAAAUCACAACAGCGCAAGAAGAACCUUGUCGAGAAACUUUCCGAAACCGCGAGAGUCGAACGCGCGAAGUGCCAAAAGGAGCACGAGAAGCAUGAGCAGGAGUCCAAGCGGGUCACUACUGCGUUGAAAGAACGGAACAGCGAAUUAGAGGCCAUCAUUCGGGAAUUAGAGGGCAAGAUGGAGGAGCUGGAGAAAAACGUGCUGCAAAGAAAAUUGCAACAGUCCAUGAAACUGCAAGUCCUCGCUCCUCGUGUGUCCGUCACUAUUAACGGCGACACGGUGAAUAUGAUGGAUGUCGAGGUGGCUCCGAGCAGUGAAGAUUUGAAGCAGAUCAUGCACAAGGAGGUUCUUCCCCGGUUCUCGAAGAUCUUGCUGUCGGAAGAUUUCGAUGAAAGCCGGACGCAGGCCCGCGUGCAGGAGGUCAUGAACAACAUGGUACAAGUGAUCGAGAACAAACUGCAAGGAAUUUUCGGCGCGAACUGUCUGCGGACCACGGCGGCAAUUUGAGCGGUGGCAGCGAUGGGGGGUUGAUGUUGUGGAGAACAAGUUGAGUCUUUAACAGCAGAAGUUCGAAACAGUUUUUUGUCACAUUUUGCAUACCGAGAAAAUAACAGCAGUAGUCUUUAAAACUACUUUUCAGCAUCUAGAAACAACAGUAUCUUUGAUUGAUUUUUCAGACAUUUGCAUCAGUAUCGCAUAUUGAUAACGGUUCACUUUAACUUUUUCUUUCGAAUAGCAAGUACACACAGUCACAAUCUCAAAAUCGGUUUUUCUUCUUAACAGCAAAUUACAACAGGUUUUUAUCACAUCUUUAUCACGCACGUAUCAAGCAUUUGAAUUAGUGGUUUCCGCCUGGAGUUCAAAUUCGCAUUUGAUUUUCCAGUGUAGCAGAAAGAGAAACGCAAUAAUGCCGAUGCUGCAGCUUUGCAGCUUUCUCCUGGGCAACUGUAAACACUUUUCAACUUGUUAGCAUUUGGAUGGACUUUUGACACUUACAACUCGGUUUCACUUGAGAGUUUGCAUGUAAAAAUAAACUUUGAAGUUUGAAAGUAGCAAAAGCUGUACAUGUAGCUGUAGGAUGACGUUUCACAACUGUACUCUACUUACAUUUGGAAAGCCUUCGAGGAAAACUUGUACAAAAUUUAGCUGGAGCGAUUUGCGCUCGGUUUGGCGAGACACACUAGACAGAUGAGCUGCUGAACAUCGGAACUCGUACAACCGUGCCAAAAGAAAUAACUUCAAUCGUACAACGAACAAGCAGAUUGCAGAACAUUCUGUGAUGUCGG